UGGGGGAGGGGAAGGGAAGAGGCCAGACCGGGGCGUGGGGGCGGUGGGGGCGGUGGAGGCGGGUCCUAAGCAGGAGGAGAUAAGCAGCCAGCUGGACCCUUAAGGAGAGCUCCAGGUUGGGCCUUCCCAGACCUCCGAAGAAUCUGGCCUUGCCCCUGGCGCCCACCAUGUGGUCACAGCGCACGUCCGAGCGACCGCGGGUGCGGCCCGCGGAAAGGUUGAAUCACACCCCACCGCCGUCGAGGCCCAGCCGCGGCCUCUCAGAGCGAACCCGGGACGCGGCUGUCCGAGGUCCAAAAGGAAAACUUCAAAUGAAAAUCUUACCAACAUUGAAGGAGAAUGUUGUUGCAACACAUUUAUGUGAGAGCCCUACUACAAAACACAGUAUGCAGUUGAAUGUUACACACCAAAAAAGUCACAUUAAUGAAGACUUCAGGAAUGCGAAUACUCUUACACAGAAGGAGUCAUUGCCUGAUGACGAUCUUCAAGGUGAAAGUAAUCCAGUAAACACUCAAACAAUUUCAAGUGUAACUUCAUCAAGUGACAUUUCUCUCUCUCUUCUGAGAUCUUCUGAUACAGAUUUUUAUAUAGAAAGCACAAGCUUUGAAGAUAGUUUAAGUAGUUUUCCAUCACCUGAAGUAUUUAGGGGAGGAGAGUUUUUAGAUUUUAAUGAUUCCACUACUGAAGGCUAUCUCAAAUUCAAGAACUCUACACUCCUUGAUACCAGCCAAGCAGUGGGCAUAGAGAAUAUGCAUCAAUUUUCAAAUCUUUCAGCAAUUUUAGAUAAUACCAUUUGUAAAAUUUUGCCUGAAACAGAAAAAACUCCAGAUAUCAAGACCAAGCAAACAAACUCCUCUGCCCCCAUUGGUAAGAAAAAUAGAGGAUUGCUGACUAGCUCGCCAUCAUCAGAGACAGGCAGGUUUGAGAUAAAUUUAUCCCCUGUGCAAAAAUUAACUUCAGAAGGAGAGUUAAAUCCAAAUACAAGUAACUAUGUAUAUUCAGAUGAAAUUGUUCCUGCAUCAAGCUCAGAAGAAGAAAAACAUUCUUGGGAGUCUCAAGGUGUUAUGCCUGAAAUGUGCUGUAUUAUUAAAACAUCUCCAAAAAUGCGAUCCAUGAAGGUGCCAUGCUACUCUUCUAAAGGAGUGUCUACAGAUAUGACAAAGGAAUCAGUGAAUAAGGAGAGACUAAAAACUAGGAGGGGAAUGAACACUGUUGAAGGAAAAGACACCCAUUGGAAAAAUCUGGUAACAGGGCCAAGAACUUCAGUAGAGGGAUUGGCAUGGGAUCCAUGCCUUGUAUCAGAAGUGUGCUGUAUUGUUAAGUCACCACCCAGAAUUAGAGGCACAAAGAUGCCAUGUUGUUCUCUUAAAGAAAUGUCUAAAGAUAUGGUCAAGAAGCAAGUGGAUAAGGAGAAAUUAAAAACUAAGGGGAGAAUGGACACAAUUGAAGGGAGCGGCAACCAGUGGAGAGAAAAGGUACCAUGCAUUUCCUCUGACAUAUGCUGUAUUGUUAAAGAAUCACCAAGAAUUCGAUGUAGGAAAAUGAAAUGUUGUGCUCCCAAAGAUAAGAAAACUGAGACCCAGAAAGAUCAAGUGAAUUAUUCAAGGUCACAUGAGUAAUAAGCACCUGACAGAGGAAGUGAAAAAUAGAGAUCAUAAAGAUAUCAUAAUGACAAAUGACUGAUGGCUGAGCUUUUCAAUGCCAUUGAAGAUUAGCAUAUGAAGAGAAGCCUGAAUUUACCUGACUAAAAUGAUUGACAAUGACCCAGGUCCAGAUUCUCAAGGAGAGGCAGUGCCUUUGUUGCUGUGCUAGAUAUAUUUCUUUCUGUAUUCAGAUUAUCUGUUUAAAAGUUCUCAUCUUUUCUUUUUGGUCUGUUAAAUAAGCUUUUUCUCUUUGGCAUGCCGUCACAGGAUACCAUUUGAUUUAAAAGAAAAACUGAAUUUAUGUGUAGCUGAAAUUGGAAGGUGAAGUCACUGAGCACCAAACCAAAAGAUGUUUGUGUAUAGAGUCAGCACUGAGUAGUUAUAUAAGGUCCUUUUUUUUUUGGGUGUCUGCUUAAUAAAUAUAUUAAGAAGUU